CUAAGCAAACUAGGAAAAAUACUAAACCGAAUCCCAAAGGGAUUCAGUUAAACAAAAAACCCUAACCCUACUUCAUGGUAUCAGAGCCUAAUUAAACAAAAAAAACCCUAACCCUACUUCUCGGCUCUCUCUCUCCCUCGCGGCAGUCACAGCGCCGGCCCGCCGUCCCUCCUUCGACGUCGGCAGUCCCCCAGCGGCGGCACCCCCCCCUUCUCCCUUCGGCUCUCUUCUCUCUAAUGGCCGAAAGCGAGGUUACCUCCAACUCCACUCCGGCAAAAACCCCUCAUCUUGCCUUCACGACGAUCUCUAAUGUCAAACUCCAUGUUCCGGUUCUUCUCAGCCUCUCUCAACCGAACUACAAAAAGUGGAGUCGCCUUUUCCUCCUCUUGGUGCGCCGAUUCAAUCUCCAAGGCUACAUCAAUGGCUCCAUCGUCCCUCUCUCAGAAGACGAUGAUGAGUGGCUCCAACUCGAUGCUCUCCUCCAUGGAUGGAUCUUAUCCACCAUCUCCGACGAAGUCUCAGAUCUGGUUAUCUCUUCUGUCUCCACCGCUUCUGCUCUUUGGAAAGUUAUUCAUGAUUUGUUUCACGACAAUAAGAAUGCUCGUGCCAUGCAACUGGAGCACGAGUUUCGUACCACUGUCAAAGGCAACACCACCAUGGCGGCCUACUGUCAACAUCUGCAAAAUCUCGCAGAUUGGCUGGACGAUGUUGAUGCCCCGGUGUCCCAACAUCAAUUGGUUCUUCAGAUGCUUCGUGGUCUCCCCGUAGAUUUGCAAGCCCAGACGUCUUUUCUUCAAUUUCAGGAUCCGCUGCCCACUUUUCUCCAAGCCCGCUCCGCUCUUAUGCUUUUAGACCGGCAACGCUCUCCCAUGGGCGACUCGAGCAGCACGGCCCUACUCGCCCAGAGGCCCGGCGUCAACAGCGGCGGCCGGCAGUCUUCCAGCGGCGACAGCGGGGGUCCUCAGCACGGCAGCGGCGGCUACCAUGGCGGCGGGCUUCAGCACAGCGGCAGCUACGGUGAGGGCGGCUCCUCCGGACAGCGCAACGGCUAUGGACGCGGCGGCGGGCGAGGCAACGGUGCUCGAGGAUCGUCGGACGGGAACCGUGAUGCAUCGAUCCAAUGAUAUGGGACCUCUCUACCCUUAGCCCAACACAUAACUCUAGUACCAACCAUGGCAGCCGUCGGUAAUCUCAAUGUCGCUCAAAUAACUCGUUUGUUGUCCCUUGUGGAGUCGUCUUCCGCAAAUCAAUGUAAUGGCGUGUCUUUGAUUGAUAGUGGUGCCUCACAUCAUACCUGUCUCAUUUAUUUCAGAUGAUCAUUUGUCGAGGACGGAGAUUGGACGGGGUGAACUACGAAACAGAGUAUACAUCUUUUUUCCUCAUACCUAGCGUCAGCCCUUGUUGUCAAGUCAGAUCCAUUCGUUCUACACCAAAGAUUGGGUCACCCUUCCUCUAAUGUUUUUCCCUUUCUUGGUUAUAAUAAAACAGGUUCCGUUAU